AUGCACGCCGCCAUCGUCAACUCCUGGGGCUCUCCCCCGACUUACACCACAGUUCCCGACCUCCCCGACCCUUCGUCUACCCAAAUUCGACUCCGCGUCCUGGCUUCCGGCAUUCACCGACUCGUGCUCUCACGGGCCGCCGGCAAACACUACACCUCCACCACGUUACCCCACUAUCCCGGCGUCGACGGAGUCGGAGAGGACCCCACAACCGGCAAACGGUACUACUUCGCCGCCCUGCAAACCGGCUCCUUCUCCGAGUUCGUCAACAUUGACCGCAAUUUCGUCGCCGCACUCCCGGCAAACGCGGAUCCCGUGACUGCAGCCGCGUACAUGAAUCCUAUCAUGAGCAGCUGGAUGGCCCUCUCGGCGCGCGCGGCGCCUCAGUCACCGGGAUUCACGGUUGCUAUCCUGGGAGCUACGAGUGCGAGCGGGCGCGUCGCAGUGGACGUCGUCAGGUCGAAAGGAGCAGGUCGCGUGAUUGGCAUCGCUCGGAACGCAGCUGCGCUAGCUGAGAUGCCGCUCGACGAGCGCAUCGUGUUGGGUCCUGAGACGGACUGGUCGUCUCUGGGAGAAGUGGACGUCGUCUUGGACUAUGUCUACGGUGACCCGGCGGCGAGUCUCCUCAAAGCGUUGCCCAAGUCCGAGAGGGAGGUGCAGUACAUUCACAUGGGUUCGGUGUCGCGCGAUGAGAGCAUGAGCCUUCCCGGUGCUGUUCUGAGGGGAAAGAGGGUGGCGAUUCGCGGUGCCGGGCCUGGGAGCUGGACUAUGCAGGAGUACGCGAAGGAACUUGGGGGAAUGGUUGACAUCGCUGCCAAACUUGAGCGGAAGGGAGUUCUUGUGGCUGCGUUCAAGGAUGUCGAGACGGCGUGGGACAAGGUUCAGGUGGGCGGGAAGCGCGUUGUGUUUGUGAGCGAUGACAUCGCCAAGGACUCUUGA